AUGGCUCCAAAUCGGGAAAAUCGUCGACUGGCAAGCCCAAUCCUUCAAUCCCCUCACUCAAAUACUAACAAACCCUCAGGAUUCCACUUCCUAGCCGGCCUCACCUCCGGCAUCUCAACCGCCAUCCUCCUCCAACCAGCCGACCUCCUCAAAACCCGUCUCCAACAACCCAACUCCCUCCCCCUCCUCCCCACCAUCCGCUCCAUCGCCUCCACCGGCCUCCUCUCCUUCUGGCGUGGCACCCUCCCCUCAGCCCUCCGCACCGGCUUCGGCUCCGCCAUCUACUUCACCUCGCUGAACACCCUCCGCCAAUCCGUCGCCCGCUCGAACAUCCUGCGACCCGGCGCGACGAACACACACUCCUCUUCCCUCCCGAAGCUCUCCGCAUGGGCGAAUCUAGGGACCGGCGCCGUCGCCAGGGCGGGCGCGGGAUUCGUGCUCAUGCCUAUGACCGUUAUCAAAGUGCGCUAUGAAAGUAAUGUAUACGCAUACAAAAGCAUCGCCGGAGCCUCGAAAGACAUCCUAGCAACCGAAGGGCUCCGCGGGUUUUUCUCAGGCUUCGGAGCGACAGCCAUAAGAGAUGCGCCGUACGCAGGUCUCUACGUCCUCUUCUACGAGUCCCUAAAAGCGCAAUUCUCACUGCUCUCCACGACGCUCCCGCUGCCGGGGCAGAGCAUGGCGGCGUCUACAUCUGCGACGAUCAAUUUCACGUCGGGGAUACUGGCCGCGGGACUGGCGACUGCGAUUACGAAUCCGUUUGAUGCGAUUAAGACGCGGAUCCAGCUUGAGCCGAGGGUGUAUAGGAAUGUGGUGCAGGGACUGGGCUUGAUGGUGAGGAGGGAUGGGUGGAGGUGUUUGGCGGAUGGGUUGGGGUUGAGGAUGGGGAGGAAGGCCGUUAGUAGUGCGUUGGCGUGGACGGUUUAUGAGGAGAGUGUUAGACGGGCGGAGAGGGUGUGGAAGGCGAAGGAGGGUGCGAUGUGA